CUGUCCUCCCGCCCCAUCUCUGGACAGGUACCAAAGUCUACAUCGACCCUUUCACCUACGAGGACCCCAACGAGGCCGUGCGAGAAUUUGCCAAGGAGAUCGACGUCUCCUACGUGAAGAUCGAGGAGGUCAUCGGGGCAGGUGAAUUUGGGGAGGUCUGCCGUGGUCUCCUGAAGGUGCCGGGCAAGAAGGAGAGCUGCGUGGCCAUCAAGACCCUGAAAGGAGGCUACACGGAGAAGCAGCGGCGGGAAUUCCUGAGCGAGGCCAGCAUCAUGGGCCAGUUCGAGCACCCCAACAUCAUCCGCCUGGACGGGGUCAUCACCAGCAGCGUCCCCGUCAUGAUCAUCACCGAGUUCAUGGAGAACGGCGCCCUCGAUUCCUUCCUGCGGGUGAGGAGAGCGGACAAG